GCCGGAGGGGUCGGGCCCGAGGCGGCUCGCUGCUGUGGGGCCGGGGACGCGGCGCUGCUCGCCAUGGCCUCGCAGGAGCCGCUGGUGGCCGUCACCUGCACCGCGCCGGUCAACAUCGCGGUCAUCAAGUACUGGGGGAAGCGCGAUGAGGAGCUGAUCCUGCCCAUCAACUCCUCCCUGAGCGUCACGCUGCACCAGGACCAGCUGAGAACCACCACGACGGCUGCCAUCAGCAAGGACUUCACCGAGGACCGGGUCUGGCUGAACGGCCGGGAAGAGGAGGUGGGGCAGCCGCGCCUGCAGGCCUGCCUGAGGGAGAUCCGCCGCCUGGCCCAGGAGAGGAGCAGCGCUCAGGACGGAGCCCCGCCUUCCCCCAGCCUCAGCUACAAGGUGCACGUGGCCUCGGAGAACAGCUUCCCCACGGCCGCGGGCCUGGCGUCCUCCGCAGCGGGCUUCGCCUGCCUAGCCUACACCCUGGCCCAGGUCUACGGGGUUGAGGGGGACCUCUCAGAAGUGGCUCGCCGGGGCUCGGGCAGCGCCUGCCGCAGCCUGCACGGGGGCUUCGUGGUGUGGCACAUGGGGGAGCGUGCCGAUGGGAAGGACAGCGUCGCCCGGCAGGUGGCCCCCGAGACGCACUGGCCCGAACUCCGAGUCCUCAUCCUCGUGGUGAGCGCAGCCAGGAAGCCCACGAGCAGCACGGCCGGCAUGCAGACCAGCGUGGAGACCAGCCCCCUGCUCCGGUUCCGGGCCGAGGCGGUGGUGCCGGCGAGCCUGGCAGAGAUGACUCGCUGCAUCCGGGAGCGGGACUUCGAGGGCUUCGCCCGGCUGACCAUGAGGGACAGCAACCAGUUCCACGCCACCUGCCUGGACACCUUCCCGCCCAUCUCCUACCUCAACGACACCUCCCGGCGCAUCAUCCACCUGGUGCACCGCUUCAACGCCCACCACGGGCUCACCAAGGUGGCGUACACAUUUGACGCGGGCCCCAACGCCGUGAUCUUCACCCUGGACGACACUGUGGCUGAAUUUGUGGCUGCCGUGAGGCACAGCUUCCCGCCCGAGUCGAACGGAGACGAGUUCCUGCAGGGGCUGCCGGUGAGGCCGGCCCCUCUCUCGGAUGAGCUCAAAGCUGCGCUGGCCACGGAGCCCACCCCCGGUGGCAUCAAAUACGUCAUCGCCACUCAGGUGAGGCCCAGACACUGCAGUGCCUCCUCCCUGCAAGGGGGGCUCCUUCCGCCCUGGGGCAGCCCCCUCCCCCCCUGCCCCCCACGGUCUCAGGCAGGAAGCCCAAAUGCUAACAACACCGACGGCACACAAGUAGCAGUAAUAGUACUUUCAGCUUUCAGGGCAUUUGGCCUGUUUGCUUCACUCACUUGCUCUAAAGUGGACACUUGCAGGUAACCUGUGACGCUUGGGCCUGGGGUGGGAGACAGGUGGCACUGUCCCCUUUCUUGGCAGCCGGCUCCUGGGGUGGGCGCUCGGGGUGCAGCCUCCACCCUCGGGGGUCCUGACCCUGCUCCAGGGCCAGCCCCAAGUCCAUGGUCACACCCACCCGGGCCACGGAGUCCGCCUUCUGUGCAGGGCUGCUGCUCCCCAGCCCAGGUCUGCAGGCUGUGGCAGUGACCGGGACAGGCCUGGGACAGGGAGUGCUCAGCCGGCAGAGGUGGCCCUGCCCGGCUGCUUAGCCUCUGAUUGGGUCUGGAAAGGGGCCAGAAGAGGGGCCACACCCUAUCCCUCCUGAAGAGCCCAGGCCCCUGCGAUGCUCGCACUGCCAUCUCCCAGGAACCUGACACCACUCUCUCUCCCCCCAGGUGGGGCCGGGGCCUCAAGUCCUGGACGACCCCCAUGCUCACCUCCUGGGCCCCGACGGCCUGCCUAAGCCGCCUGUGUGACGCCAGGGGAGCAG